AUGGCACCUCACGCAGAGACAGCAGACCGUGCUGUAGAUGGGUGGUAUGCGAGUAACUCCAAAGCUACACCAGACCCUCUCUACACAGUGGAUUCGCCCAACGUUGUCUACACCGACUCGACCAUCAAAACAAAGUAUACGUACCGUACUACCUCUGUCACUAAAUCGGCCAAUGGACCUUAUGUUGCUUCUCCAAAGGAGACAGUCUAUGAUUUCCAGGUCGAUCGUGCUGUUGGGAGAGUUGGCAUGAUGCUUGUUGGCUGGGGAGGCAACAAUGGCUCCACUGUCACUGCCGGCAUCAUCGCUAAUCGUCGUGGCCUUCUCUGGGACACUCGCGAGGGCAAACAGGCUGCCAAUUACUACGGCUCGGUGGUCAUGGCGUCUACCAUGAGACUGGGAAUCGACUCGGCCACUGGGAACGAGGUCAAUCUUCCCAUUCACGAUAUGCUUCCAAUGGUUCACCCGAACGACCUCGUCAUCGGUGGCUGGGAUAUCAACAGUAUGCCUCUGGAUAAAGCCAUGGAUAGAGCACAGGUUCUCGAGCCUACCUUGAAGGAACUUGUCCGAGCAGAGAUGGCGCUGAUGAAGCCACUUCCGAGUAUCUACUAUCCGGAUUUCAUUGCCGCUAACCAGGAAGACCGUGCAGACAAUGUCUUGGACGGAGCCAGAGCUUGUUCUGCUCAUGUUGAGAAGAUCCGCCAGGACAUCCGUGACUUCAAGACCAAGCAUGAACUAAACAAGGUCAUUGUGCUCUGGACAGCAAAUACAGAACGCUUUGCUGACAUUAUUCCUGGUGUCAAUGAUACGGCUGAUAACUUGUUGAAGACCAUCAAGACUGGACACGAAGAGGUCUCUCCGUCAACAGUUUUCUCGGUGGCUUGUAUCCUUGAAAAUGCUCCAUUUAUCAACGGCUCACCACAGAACACGUUUGUCCCGGGAGUGAUCGAGCUUGCCGAGCAGCAUAGAGCUUUCAUUGGCGGAGACGACUUCAAGUCGGGUCAGACCAAGAUGAAAUCUGCCCUCGUCGACUUUCUCAUCAAUGCUGGAAUCAAGUUGACGUCCAUUGCCAGCUAUAACCACCUCGGCAACAACGACGGCAAGAAUUUGAGUUCGCAGAAGCAAUUCCGCUCCAAAGAGAUCUCCAAGUCCAAUGUGGUCGAUGACAUGGUUGCCUCGAAUGAUGUCCUGUACAAGAAGGGUGAACAUCCUGACCAUACCGUGGUCAUCAAGUACAUGCCAGCUGUUGGGGACAACAAACGUGCUCUUGACGAGUACUAUGCCGAGAUCUUCAUGGGAGGUCACCAGACCAUCUCCAUGUUCAAUGUCUGCGAGGACUCGUUGCUCGCGUCUCCCUUGAUCAUUGAUCUUGUCGUUGUUGCUGAACUCAUGACGAGAAUCUCUUGGCGAGCUCACGUUGAUGGUGCUGCUGACAAGGAUUACAAAGGGUUCCAUAGCGUUCUUAGCAUCCUAAGUUAUAUGUUGAAGGCACCCCUGACGCCGCCUGGGACACCCGUUGUGAAUUCUUUGGCCAAGCAGCGCGCAGCGUUGACCAACAUAUUGCGCGCCUGUGUUGGUCUUUCUCCCGAAUCAGACAUGACACUUGAGCACAAGCUAUUUUGA